AUGAAACCAAUACGAUCCCUAGUAUCUUCAGCACUUCUCUUGUCUAUCAAUUACUUGUCAGUUACUGCCGAUUAUACGGUUAAGGUGGACGCUGCCACGACGAUUCAGCCCAAUUGGGAUGGCUGGGGCACGUCACUUUGCUGGUGGGCAAACGUCUUUGGAGAGGAGGCGAGCAUCGCUGAUGUCCUUUUUACUUUAAAUUCGACUGAAAUUCCUAUAGGAAAUACCGGAUCACUACCGGGUCUUGGCUUGAAUAUCGUCCGAUACAACAUUGGAGGCUCGGGCACCAACGUCAUUGACGAUAGCGGCAAAGAGGUCGCAAUGCGAACGUCAAAAAAUAUGCCUGCAUUCAAGCUCAUUGAAAGCUACUGGGUAGAUUGGUUUAACAAGGAUCGAACGUCGACGAGUUGGAAUUGGCAAGCUGACGCCAAGCAGCGGGCGAUGCUCAAGUUUGCUAUUGAGCGCGGAGCUAACCAGCUUGAAGCGUUUUCAAAUGCACCACCAUGGUGGAUGACUUACAAUCGCGCGACUGCCGGUGGAGACAAUGGAAAGAGUGACAACUUGCAGUAUUGGAAUUAUGAAGAAUUCGCGCUGUACUUGGCGACGGUAUUAAGUGAAUUCAAGACGGAAUGGGGUAUCACGUUUAACUAUAUUGAGCCAUUCAAUGAGCCCUCGGAAUCUUGGUGGGAAUAUCCGGGCAAGCAGGAAGGCUGUCAUUUUUCCUGGGAUGCGCAAAAAGCUAUCCUGCCAAUCCUUCGCAAACAGCUUGACGCAAUGGAUCUUAAAGAGGUGGCGAUUGCUGCUGCUGACGAAAAUUCGCCUACCGAAACAAUGCAUACAUUAGAAGCCAUGGCUGCUAUUCCAGAUGUCAUAAAUUCCUUCACUAAAGUCAACACACAUGGUUACGAGGGUCUGGACGCUUACCGCGGUCCUGACCGGAAUAACCUCAGAGAAUCUGCUGAGAAGUUAAUGAAGAUUAUGUGGGACUCUGAACUGGCCGAAGGCGAUGGAUCAGGACUCACCAUGGCAGAAUCCAUCAGUCUUGACAUCAAUGAAAUGUGCGUGACGGGUAUUGCAUACUGGCAGGUUCUGGAUGGUGUCGGUUGGGGUCUUAUUAAGUCCAACCCAGGCGACACCUGGAUUGGCGAGGCCAACCCAAAAUACUUUGUGUUCGCACAGUACUCUCGCCACAUUCGCUUCGGAAUGAAAAUUCUUGCCUCGGACGAUUUGAAGACUGUGGUAAGUUUCAACUCGGAAAAUAAUCUCUUAGUGCUCGUGACUGUGAAUGUUGGAGACGCUCAAACGAUCACCUAUGACCUUGCGAGCUUUGGAAAACUGGGUGAAGUCGUGAAAGUAUGGACUACUGAAACCAGCGGCUUGGGAGCACUGUAUCAGGAGAGCACGACGUCAAUCACAGGAACGACUUUUACCGCGAAAUUUCCGGCUAGAACAGUCAUGACAUUUGAAAUUGAAGCAGUCAUGCUCGUUGCGUCAAGUUGA